AUGAAGGUCAUCACAGCCAUAUCCGCCCUCCUGUUCAUCGGAGCCGCAACCGCCGACAUCCAAUCUAAGCCUUUCAACCUAGUCAUCCAAUCAGCCAAGAAGUCUAUCGAUGGCCAGAAGCUCGCGGCUUGCCACUCCGGUGCUGCCAUUGAGUCCCUCUGCCUCGCUGGUAGCGGCUCCAAUUUCCACCUUAACACCACUCAGGGCGAGCAAGCCCCAAUCAAGGGCCAGGGUAUCCCCGGAACUCUAGUCUGGAGGCUCCCCUACACCGGCGAGGGUAACAAAAUCGAAUACGAGUCCGAGCCCAUGAGCUUCUACAGCGACCCCUCCACCAAUGUAGCUAUGCCCUUGUUCGAGCCUGGCUAUGACGUGCAGUCAGUCAUGUUCGAUAAGGAUGGUAAAAUGGGUAUCUACAGUUAUCUUGACGAUACUGUUUCCCCGCCUACUGGUGACAAGGUCAAGAUUCUGCGGAAUUGGUAUAUCUGUGAGACUUAUUACAGUGCUUACACCUAUCACACUCUGAACUGGGUUCUGGGCGAUGCUAAGGCUAAGCCUCAGAACCCGAGCUGUGUUAAGGUUGUGGUUGAGCGCAAGUUCAUUUAG